AAAAACAUUGUAACCUACUGAAACGAUUGUUGGUAGUACGGGAAAGUACGGCAAGACGUCAACAUUUAUCAUGCCAGAAAGACAUGGGUACGGGGUCAAAUUCUCCGUAAAUAAUCCUAAUCUUUUGAUUGUCGCUACGAGUCAACAAUUUGGUCGAAAAGGAAGUGGAACUUUGUUCCUGCUAAAACAAUUGCCAAACAACGAAAUAAUCUGCUUACAAAGCUAUGAAUGGGCUGAUGCUUUGUUUGAUGCUGAUUGGUGUAACGGUGAACUAAUAUGUACGGCAUCUGGUGAUGGUAGUAUUCAAUUGUGGAAUAGCAGCGACGCCUCGUCGACCACUCCAGCGAUGUGCUAUAAGGAACACUCUGAAGAAGUCUACUCCGUAGACUGUAAGAAAAACGACGUCGGAAGGAUAAUUAGCUCGAGUUGGGAUUGUACUGUCAAGCUAUGGGACAUUUUGUAUUCCAAAACUUUGAGUACCUACAGCGAUCAUUCGCAGCUAGUGUAUCAGUCAAAGUUUUCACCCAACCACAGAGAUGUAUUUGCUAGCGUGAGUGGCGAUGGAUGCUUAAAAUUUUGGAAUACCAACUGUUCCACUGCUAUGAUAACUGUACAAACAAACAGUCCAGAGGUUCUGACAUGCGACUGGAAUCCGACCAAUCCUAACGUCGUUGCAACCGGUGGCUCAGAAGGACUGUUGAAACUCUGGGACAUUCGACAUUAUUCAGUGCCACUUUUACAGGUUUUUUCAGGUUGCACAGCAAUACGCAAAAUUCGGUAUUCGCCACAUAACAGCGAUCUGCUGGCGUCGGUAAGCUAUGAUGGUAUGACAAGAAUUUGGAACUUAAGUCAACCACUCGAUCCGGCUGAAAGUAUUCAAAAUCAUACCGACAGUGCGUUCGGCUUGGAUUGGAAUCCGUUCCGAAAUAAUCAGUUGGUUGAUUGUGGAUGGGAUUCGUUUGUAGAAGUGUUUUCGUCGAAAGUUGCAGGAAUUUCUAAUUGAGAACUAUUGCUACGGAUUGGAAUAACGCCACAGUACUGCGAGGUAAGGAUGUCUGAGAAGGUCAACACAUCGUGUGAUGCGGUCAGGUAUGAUUUGUGAAAUUUCUAACUUUUGCAAUUAUCAAUUAUGACGCAAGCGGUGUGCUGGAAUCGGUGUCAUCAAUGUAUGAUUUUCACAAACAGUGAAACAGAUGCUUAUAAAGGUGGCAACUGUGCGAAAGACCAUUUUUCAUCAUAUAUUUCCUUACAUUAAUCGAGCGGGAACAUACGAAGCCUAUGGCUCUACCAUGUCUCUUCCUCUUGUACGAAUAUAAAGUAUUCUCAUCAAAGCAUGUUAUUGUUCAAAAACCCACAUUUCUCAUCAUAUUAAUCUUAUGUGCUGACUACUGACCCCAUAAUACUGCAAGCAAAUGACAUACACGAAGGGUUAUUGUAAAAUUCAACCAGUUGAACCAUUUGCAUGUAUACAUAAGCGCCCGAAUAAUAU